CCGUCACAAAAAAAAUAAAAAAUCCAGUACUAAAAAUUGAUUGGCCUUCGCUUCACUCUUAGACCCACCUCACUAACUCUCUGAUUGGACGGCAUCACUGUGGCAGUGUCAGUCAAUAGUUUUUUCGCUCAGUGACACUGCGGCUGUAUGUCCGGACAUGUAGAUCUCAUAGCGGCUUGGCCUUUGUUAGCGAGUCGGUGAGAAGAACCAAGAAAGCCAGAGGAGCCGCAUUCAUGCGCUUACAGGGAGGAAAAUGAUCAUCUGCACGAAAAACAUGGAUUAUCGCCUUGGAACACAGUACCAGUUUGUUCAAAAUCAGGUGAUGGUGAACUCUGAGAAAGACCGUGCUUCUCUCUUGUGUAUGAAGGCUCUGGCCAACAGGGGGCAUCUGGACAUGGUGUCUCAGCAGAUGGCCUCUCACCCACAGUACCUGGAAAGUUUCCUGCGCACACAGCACUACAUCCUCUAUAUGGAUGGCCCAUUGCCCCUGCACUACCGCCACUACAUUGCCAUCAUGGCUGCGGCGCGGCAUCACUGUAGGUACCUGGUGUCUCUGCACUCGGCUCAGUUUCUGCGGGUUGGCGGAGACCCGUUAUGGCUUCAGGGGUUAGAGGCUGCACCCCCGCGUCUACGGCACCUUGAUCACAUCAACAAGGUCCUGGCCCAUCAGCCUUGGCUCACGGCACGCUCGCACAUACAGGCUCUGCUCAAGACGGGGGAGCAGUGCUGGUCUCUGGCUGAGCUCGUCCAGGCCGUGGUUCUGCUGGCCCACUGUCACUCCCUCUGCAGUUUCGUUUUCGGUUCUGGUUCUUCCUUAGACUCCAGCUGUGAAGUUGCUUGCCUUCGAGAACAAAUUCAAAAAUCACAGGAGGAGAUCAAGGAAAGAAAAGGAGACCAACUCCAUUCACAGACACUCCCACAUGCAGAUGUGGAGGAGGAGGACGAGGCGAUGUUCUCCGCAGACCCCUCCUGCUUCGUUACAGACCCAGAAUUCUGCUACCAGGAAUUUGCCAGACGGGAGGAGGACCAUUUCCAAGUAUUCCGGGUGCAGGACUAUUCAUGGGAGGAUCACGGCUUCUCGUUGGUGAACAGGCUCUACUCUGAUAUAGGGCACUUGUUAGACGAGCGAUUCCGCAAUGUGGCCUCCCUCCCUUUCCCUCACAGCCCCGAUCUCAAACGAGCCAUCUGGAACUACAUUCAUUGCAUCUAUGGCAUCAGAUAUGAUGACUACGAUUAUGGGGAAGUCAGCCGGUUACUGGAGCGUGGACUGAAACUUUAUAUUAAAGCUGUGGCCUGCUAUCCUGACUCCAGCAAGACCCCUCUAUGCCCACUGUCCUGCGCCCCUGUCAAAGCUUCAGACAAGGUUCAUGUAAAUUUGUUAGUGAUGGAGGCACGUCUGCAGGCCGAGCUGCUGUACGCGCUCAGAGCCAUCACUCAAUACAUGAUCGCAUAGGACACGAGCGUUCAGCGCCACAGAGGGACAUGGUACAAAGAAAUACAAGCAGAGAUCUGUCUCUCCGUCUCUGUAUUUGUUGUCUCUGAGUUUACCGGUGUGACGUAAGGUACUGCUGUGAAACAUUUCUGUGCCAGAGGUGAAACUUUAGACGAAAAAAGGUGUAAAGCAGUCGCUCUCACUGUCCUUUGCAUGUGUUUCUCCUACUUUAUUUUGUUUCUGUAGUUGUCCUUUUGUGUGCGGACUCUUCUUUUUCUACCUUUCCUUUUUUUUUUUAGUAUCUUUAUCCCGGAUGGUUAAUGUGCAAUUACUUUUAUUCAGUUAUUGUUGUUAUUAAUAUUUUCCCAUUUGUGUGUUUUUUGUUU